CGUAAUAAUAUCCAUUUAUCGCUACUGCUAGGGGCAUGUACGAAUGCGCGAGUAUAAAACUAUCACGAGCGACGGGGCGGGUGUGAAUCGGUAGUACGGUGUUGCUUUGUACGUUGACUUUGUCCGCUGUAUGCAAAUUAUGUAGUUAAUAUAUUCCCUUUCAACUCGUCUCAUAUUAAUUUAUUUCGAUAUUAAUUGGUGCUAUAUGGCAGCACCGUAGUCCAUUCCCAUUCAUUCCCAUUUUCACAGCUGUUCUCAAAGUAUUGGUAAACACAACAUGUUCGUCUGACACAAAUAUUUUUAUUUCAUUGGAUGCAAUGAUAAAAAGUACAGAAAAUGGAUGAAUCUAUGAAAUUAAUUAAUGUAAACCAAUCAUCUGACAAGUGUGAAACUUCAGCGGGAAACAUAAAAACCGACGCAUGUCAUACAGAGCCACUACAUUUGGACCAGAAUGUCGAGAAGGCAGGGAAGAAGCGAGUGGCCGGUGCGAAGACUCAUGUCUAUGGUUAUAUGAAGAAAAAAGUGUUAACACACUUAGAGGAAAAUGGUUGCAGUUCAAAGAAUGUUGAUGAAGUGAUAGCAGCGUCUAAAUUUAAUAAAACGUCUGUGCUAGAAUAUAUGAAUCAGCGUAUUCAAAUGGCGCAAAUGAACGUCCAUGAAGAGUGUGAUUCUCUAAGCUUCGCCAACAUCGAAUCUUGGUUGGAGGUAUUCAAAAAGUGGAAUUUGCCAGAAUUAUGCCUGUAUGAGCCUGCUUUAGUAAUCAAUGCUAUUGCAAAUAAUGAAGACUUCCCCGAACCUGAACAGUUAGACGGCGUGAACCUCAAAUCGGUUUAUAAAUUUCUAGGAAAUGCGUUAAUGGGAUUACCUCAGCCAAAGUUAGAUGCAAAGAGUGCAGAGUUUUUGGCAAACGAAUUCAAUAUUUUAGUCGGCGAAGCCAAUACGGUAAACGGUGAUAGCGAAACAAUACGCAUAAACAAUCAAUUACAGAGUUAUGUGGAACUUCCGUUCUGUACACAAAACGAAAAAAGUAGCAUAGAUCCUCUGUGUCUCGGCGAGGAUUUCAAAUUUCAACGGUGACAAUCUCCUAGUUUUUCUCACAAAAUGUUAAUAUUAAAUGCAUGUGAAACUAAUGUUUUAAGUGAACUCUAUGUAAGUAUGUACAACUCCAUUAAUUUAAUAAAUAAAAAUAAAAGUCUUGUUUAUUCA